UCUGGGAAAUAUUUAUAUCAUUCCUUUUUUCUCCGAAGCAAAAGCGUUAUAUUUCCAAUUCAUGAAUCUUCCGGUCCAAGUACGGUUUCGCGAGACUUCCCGAAGAAACUCCACUGCGCUACUUCUCUUCUUACAUAUACUCCUCCAAUCCCGUUCACCACUCUGAUCAACAGAAACAAAACUCUCAAAUUUCCAAUUCCAAUUCCAAUUCCAAUUCCAAUUCCGAUUGUUUCUCUUCCAGUUCAAUUCAUUGCAACGGACUUCGUCAUCAACGCUACUCGCCGUUGAGGCUAAUCUUUAGCAAUGGCCUCCACCACUGCGCCGUUUUAUGCAAUUGGUAUUCGUUUUCCUUCACAUUCCUCUUCCAUUUCCUCCACUACAAACGCUCUCAUUCUCAAGCCGCCACAUGCCAUUUCCCUCACUGCGAAACCUAAAUCGCCCUUGCUGUUGAAGAGGAAUGGUGGGUACCAGAGUUUUGGGAGGAAUUCGAGGUUUGUUGUUCGCUGCGAUGCCUCUAAUGGAAGGAUUACACAGCAAGAAUUUACAGAAAUGGCUUGGCAAGCUGUUGUUUCUUCUCCAGAAAUAGCAAAGGAAAAUAAGCAUCAAAUUGUAGAGACUGAACAUUUGAUGAAGACCCUACUGGAGCAGAAGAAUGGGCUAGCUCGUCGGAUAUUUUCUAAGAUUGGGGUUGACAAUACCCGUCUGUUGGAAGCUACCGAUAAUUUCAUCAAACGCCAACCAAAGGUCCUUGGCGAGUCAGCUGGUUCAAUGUUGGGACGUGACUUGGAAGCACUGAUCCAACGAGCCAGAGAAUUCAAGAAAGAGUAUGUGGACUCAUUUGUGUCUGUGGAGCAUUUGGUUCUUGGGUUCGUUCAAGAUCAACGCUUUGGGAAGCAACUGUUUAAGGAUUUUCAAAUAUCGUUGCAAACUUUGAAAUCUGCGAUCGAGUCCAUUAGGGGGCGCCAAUCUGUUAUUGACCAAGAUCCUGAAGGCAAGUAUGAAUCACUUGAAAAAUAUGGAAAAGAUUUGACAGCAUUGGCGAAAGCUGGGAAGCUUGACCCUGUAAUUGGAAGAGAUGAUGAGAUUAGAAGGUGUAUUCAGAUUCUAUCUAGAAGAACAAAGAAUAAUCCUGUGCUUAUUGGUGAACCUGGUGUUGGGAAAACUGCUAUUUCUGAAGGGCUUGCUCAAAGAAUUGUUCAAGGUGAUGUACCUCAAGCUUUGAUGAAUAGACGGUUAAUAUCUCUUGACAUGGGUGCUCUAAUUGCUGGAGCAAAAUAUCGUGGAGAAUUUGAGGAUAGGCUCAAGGCUGUACUGAAGGAAGUUACAGAAUCAGAUGGCCAGAUUAUCUUAUUCAUUGAUGAAAUUCACACUGUAGUUGGAGCAGGUGCUACAAACGGUGCAAUGGAUGCUGGCAAUCUAUUGAAGCCUAUGCUUGGUAGGGGUGAGCUGCGGUGUAUUGGUGCCACAACGUUGGACGAGUAUCGAAAGUACAUUGAAAAGGAUCCAGCACUGGAGCGCCGAUUCCAGCAGGUUUAUGUUGAUCAACCAACUGUGGAAGAUACCAUUUCUAUCCUCCGUGGACUUCGUGAAAGAUAUGAGUUGCAUCAUGGAGUCCGCAUAUCCGACAGUGCUCUUGUAGAAGCUGCAAUUCUGUCAGACCGGUAUAUUAGUGGACGAUUUCUACCUGACAAAGCCAUUGACCUUGUUGAUGAAGCUGCUGCUAAGCUGAAAAUGGAAAUUACCUCGAAACCUACUGCUCUUGAUGAGAUCAAUAGAGCCGUACUGAAGCUCGAGAUGGAGAGACUUUCGCUAACAAACGAUACAGACAGGGCUUCUAGAGAUAGGUUGAGUCGCCUUGAAGCCGAGUUGUCUCUUCUAAAGGAGAAGCAAGCCCAGCUGACUGAGCAAUGGGAGCACGAAAAGUCCGUCAUGACUCGUCUUCAGUCGAUCAAAGAGGAGAUCGAUCGGGUAAACUUGGAGAUCCAGCAAGCUGAAAGAGAGUAUGAUCUUAAUCGAGCAGCCGAAUUGAAGUAUGGAAGCUUAAAUUCCUUGCAGCGGCAGCUUGCAGAUGCAGAAAAGGAGCUAGAUGAGUAUAUGAAUUCUGGAAAGUCCAUGUUGAGAGAAGAAGUGACUGGAAGCGAUAUUGCUGAAAUAGUCAGCAAGUGGACCGGGAUCCCUGUAUCUAAGCUUCAACAAUCUGAGAGGGAAAAGCUUCUACAUUUGGAGGAAGAACUUCAUAAACGUGUUGUGGGUCAAGACCCUGCAGUUAAAUCAGUUGCCGAUGCCAUUCAAAGAUCUCGAGCUGGUCUUUCUGAUCCAAACCGUCCUAUUGCUAGUUUCAUGUUCAUGGGUCCGACUGGCGUUGGGAAAACAGAACUAGCUAAGGCCCUUGCUUCCUAUUUAUUUAACACAGAGGAGGCCCUUGUGCGAAUUGAUAUGAGUGAAUACAUGGAAAAGCACGCAGUUUCAAGACUGAUUGGAGCUCCACCUGGUUAUGUAGGUUACGAGGAGGGGGGGCAGUUAACGGAGACUGUUCGCCGAAGGCCUUAUGCAGUCAUUCUGUUUGAUGAGAUAGAGAAGGCUCAUUCUGAUGUGUUCAAUGUGUUCCUUCAGAUUUUGGACGACGGGCGGGUAACCGACUCGCAAGGUCGGACCGUGAGCUUUACUAACACAGUUAUCAUCAUGACCUCAAAUGUGGGUUCACAGUAUAUUCUCAACACUGAUGAUGAUACACUAUCAAAGGAAACGGCAUAUGAAACCAUAAAACGACGGGUUCUGGAAGCUGCAAGAUCGAUUUUUCGUCCAGAGUUCAUGAACAGAGUUGAUGAGUACAUCGUUUUCCAACCUCUGGAUCGUGAUCAGAUCAGCAGUAUUGUUCGGUUACAGUUGCAACGGGUUCAAAAGAGAGUUGCGGACAAGAAGAUGAAGAUAGAGGUGAGCGAUGCAGCAAUUCAGCUUCUUGGAAGUCUCGGGUAUGACCCAAACUAUGGGGCUAGGCCGGUGAAGCGUGUAAUACAGCAGAACGUGGAGAAUGAAAUUGCAAAGGGUAUAUUGAAAGGAGAAUUCAAGGAUGAAGACACAAUUUUAAUAGACACAGAAGUAUCAGCAUUCUCUAACGGCCAACUUCCGCAGCAAAAACUCGUAUUCAAAAGAGUGGAAAACAAAGUUACUGAGAAUCCUAAUGCAGAUAGAGAAGCGUCUGGUCAGAUUCUAUGAAACAGAUGCCUUUCUAUUCACACAUUUUGUCGGUAGCUCUGUUCUUAGUAAAUAUCCAUAGCUAGAUAAUUUGUUUUUCUUCUUCGUAUACAGUUCAAGAAAUCAAUCUUCAUGUAAGAAGUUGGUUUUCAAAAUAUACGUGGUUAUUUUCUGCCUUCUGAGAUGCAAAAUUAAA